GCUUCUUUAGCUUGCCGUCCUUACCCACACUGCUCCGCGCGGCAUACACGGAAGUGGCUUCUCUCGGCUCCCAAGCUGGGCGUUUGUGGCCGUUCCUCGCCGGCUGGCGCUUACUACACAGGAUGGCAGGAUUGCGAGGGCCCGGGGAGAGCCGGGAUAGCGCCGUGACCGUGGAGCAGGACAUGUUCGACGCCGUCGUGAUGGCUGAUGAGAGAUUCCAUGGGGAGGGAUUUCAGGAAGGCUAUGAAGAAGGCAGUAGCUUGGGAAUCCUUGAAGGAAGGCAGUACGGCACGGUGCAUGGAGCCCAGAUUGGAUCUGAGAUUGGGUGCUACUGGGGUUUUGCUCUUGCAUGGAAAUGUCUCCUACAUGGUGGCGCUGGUGACAAAGACAGCAGGAAGAUGAAGGCGGUGGAGGCGCUGGUCACCCUGCUCCAGCACUUCCCCUAUGAUGACCCCACUUACGAGAAGCUCCAUGAAGACCUGGACAGAAUCAGAGGGAAGUUCCGGCAGCUGUGCUCACUGCUCAACGUGCAGCCAGACUUCAAGGUGAGCACAGGAGGCUCUGGACUGGCAUUCUGAGGACUCAUAGAAGAGCACUGAACAUCAAGAGUGAUUAAAGGCGAACCUGACGCACCCAUUGUUCUGUGGAAGGACCAGUUUGGCCUCUUCUCUGGGGCUCUGCCGGGGUGGUUUGCAGAGGUCUGACCUCCUUGCCUUCUGUACAGUGGCAGUAUACCCAAGAGAUUGCUUGCCACUGACCAGAGUGAGUGGCUUUGUCAUUCCAGAGGUCUUGGGUAGGGCCACUCUGAGGGUGGGACUUAGAGAGAGGCAGGCUGAUGUGAAGUUGGCUAAUGGGAAGCUAUGGCAGGUUCUUUGCUGUCCACUGAGCCUCUGCUGGCCACACCUGGGCUUCCUGUGUCUCACUCCAUCCCUCUGGCAGCCCCAGAGGUGGAUAUAUUCUGGAUUAAGAGAUGAUAAAAUAGAACCAUUUAGUCUAAGGGUCUGGCAGCAGAGCUGGCUGCCAUGCCAGAUCCGUGACCAGCAGUACCACAUGGUGCCUCUGCCUCCAGCACGGGCCCUCAUUGCAGUGUGCACAGAUUCCUGCAGUGUGCACAGGACGUGGGCUCCAUUGGACUUGGUUUGCCUCUGGAUGCCCAGCUAGAACACAGGGCCAGCCUGCUCCGAAGGAGCAGCUGAGGCAUGGCCUUCAUGCUGCCCCCAGACAGGUGUGGGAUGAGCUCUAAACGCUAAGAAGUAACAAUAGAACCGGGUAGUGGUACUGCACACCUUUAAUCCCAGUACUCAGGAGGCAGAAGCAGGCAGAUGUAUGAGGCCAGCUUGGUCUGUAGAGUGGUUCCAGGACAGCAGGGCUAUACAGAGAAACCAUGCCUCAAAAACAAACAAAAAGUGGCAGUGGGGAAGCUACUGGGAACCAAAGCAGGGCUAGAGAGUGGUCGCCACUGUGAGCAUCUAGGGUCUUGCCUGGGUGACACUACUUCCUUUUACAGUGGCUUGUGUGUCUUGUAUGGCAUUUACAGGCAGGUGUAAGGUGAGCUGGCAGGGGAGGACAGGUGUGGACACACAUGACAGCAUGUGUUGCUACGCCCUCUUUUAGGUGGCUGCAUUGUACCCUGGCUAUCCCUACUUCAGUUCCAGAGCAUGAUGUGAAAGGGUCACUGUGGACGCAUGCCACGUGGAGUUUGGGGUUAUUAUUUUUUAUUUUAAAUUUUAGAGACAUUCUCAGGAAGCUGUCCUCAAAGGGUGAUCCUCCUGCCUCAGCCUUCUGAGUGCUGGGGUCUUAGACCUGUGGCCCUAGGACACUGUUUUUAACAUCAUUUCACAGCAUCUUUGUACAGCUGGAGCCUUUCCCUCCAUCCAUCAGUCCAGCCGAGCCAGAGGGAGGAAUGGUGCUGGUGUCUGAGGGUCAGGGCACCAAGCAUCUGGCUUCCUGAGCCUGGUGGUGGCCUCUCAGAUGUCCAGCAUCAUUCUUCCAGCUGCUCCCAGGAUCAGGUGCUCUUCAGUGUGCUUCUCUGGGUACUGAGCUCACAGGGCUGUGGCUGCUGUUUUGAUCAUAUUUUACUUUUCUAUUUGGAGAAAAGAAUAAAUAGUGCAUUUUAAAGGAA